AUGUCGUCGAAUACGGAUCACACACCGUCAGAUGUCGAGGGGGCCACCGCCGGUGUGCCCAUGGAGUCGGCCCAGAGGCUUCUCUCGGAGAAGAAGACGAUCUGGCAGUCGAUUCGCGCCAACCCCAAGGUCAUCUUCAUUGCCUUUUUCGCAUCACUCGGUGGUUUUGAGUAUGGCUACCAGCAGGGUGUCCUGGGCCAGUCCCUGGUCAUGACGCGCUUCAUCAACAACUUCCCCUCCGUGGUGCAAUCCUCGUCUGCCACGGGUUGGCUCACCUCCAUUCUCCAGCUGGGUGGCCUCUUCGGCUCUCUUUCCGCCGGCGUGCUCAGCGAAAUCAUCUCCCGCAAGUACACCAUGUUCGUUGCCUGCUGCUGGGUCGUCCUGGGCAGCUACCUGUACGUCGGCGCCAGCGAGGGCAUGUCGUCACUUCUCUACGCUGGCCGCUUCUUCACCGGUCUCGGCGUCGGCCUCUUCAGCGGCGUGGGCCCGCUCUACAACGCCGAGCUGUCCUCUCCCGAGAUGCGCGGCCUGCUCGUGUCCUUCUACCAGUUCGCCACCAUCCUCGGCAUCAUGCUGUCCUUUUGGGUCGGCUACGGCAGCAACUACAUCGGCGGGACGGGCGACGGCCAGUCGGACCUGGCGUGGCGGCUGCCGUCCAUCAUCCAGGGCAUCCCCGCCGUGGCGCUGGCCGUCGGCAUCUGGUUCAUGCCCUUCUCGCCGCGCUGGCUCGUCAAGGUUGGCCGCGACGAAGAGGCCCGCGCCACGCUGGCGUGGAUGCGCAAGCUGCCGCAGGACGACGACCGCAUCCAAGUGGAGUACCUCGAGAUCAAGGCCGAGGCCGAGUUCGAGAAGAAAGCGUUUGCGCGCGAGUUCCCGCGCAUGGCCGAGGAGGGCAGCAAGAGCGCGUUGCGCGAACAGAUUGCGCAGUUUGUCAACUGCUUCCGCACCAAGGACAAUGUGAAGCGCAUCGCGGUCGCGUGGCUGGUCAUGUUCUGGCAGCAGUGGAGCGGUAUCGACGCCAUCAUCUACUACGCCACCAACAUCUUCCAGAGUCUCGGCUUGACGGGCGGCACGAUUGCGCUGCUGGCGACGGGCGUUACUGGCGUCGUCUUCUUGUGCAGCACGAUCCCUGCCAUGUUAAUCAUUGACCGCGUUGGCCGCAAGCCCAUGCUACUCGUCGGCUCCGUCGUCAUGGGCAUCAGCAUGGUCAUUGUCGGCAUCAUUGUCGCCAAGUUCCGCCACGACUGGCCGUCGCAUGUCGCUGCCGGUUGGGUCGCCGUCGCUCUCAUCUGGGUGUACAUUGCCGGCUUCGGCGCCACAUGGGGUCCUGUUUCUUGGACGCUCAUCUCGGAAAUCUUCCCGCUCUCGAUCCGCGCCAAGGGCGCCGCCAUCGGUGCAUCCAGCAACUGGCUCAACAACUUUGCCAUUGCGUUUUUCGUCCCGCCGAUGCUCGAGGCGUGGGCGUGGGGCACCUACAUCUUCUUCGCCGUGUUCCUGACGGCCGGCAUCUUUUGGGUGUGGUUCUUCCUGCCCGAGACCAAGAACGCGACGCUCGAGGAGAUGGACCGCGUGUUCGGCAGCCACACAGGCGAGCGCGACGCGCAGCUGCUGUACGAGUCGCAGCAGGAGGUGGGCCUGAUUGCGCUGCUGGAACGGCGCGAGGUGGGCCACGAAAAGGCCGGCGUCGAAAAGCACAUUGAGAACAUACGACGCCGAAAGUGCGAUGAAAAGAAGCCGCAGUGCACGAGCUGCGAGACCAGGGGCUUCACCUGCAAGUAUCCCGACCUGACCUUUGUCCAAGCCUCGCGCAGCGCGCCUCCGCCCGAGACUGGGCCCAGGCGGGCCUCUACGUCCUAUUCUACUAUUACUUUUGUGAAUCAGGGCCCGCCAACGCCCGCCUCCAAGGCGAGCGACAAGGACGACACUCCGCAGGAAGCAUCACUCGCUGCCAGCCAUGCGCGAGCAACGCGUGAGGAGAGCUCCGUCUCUCAAAGCCCCAGGGCCAGCGCCAAGCCAGCUCCGCCCACGGCGGCCGCCAAACGCUCGCCCAGGAAAGACUGUCCCCUCUCCACCUGUGACAGCUACUUUACCACCAAGGACGUCUCGCCGCGCCGAAAGGAAGCGGCGGUGCUGCGUCACUUUCGCUACAAGAUGGUGCCGUGGAUAGAGGCGGGCGAUCCCGCGGCUCAAUUCGGCGUCGACAUUAUGCAGCUGUCACAAGAGCGGCCGCCGAUUCACACGGCCAUUGUUGCGAUAUCGUCGCUGCAGCUGGACCUUAUUGCGGGCCUGGCCGGGCACGACACGGUAAGCCUGGCGUACAGGCAGAGGCCCAGCGACGACUUGUUUGAGCAGGAUCGGAGGGCCAAGAGGGUUGGCGAGGCGCUGCUGGCCCUCGAGGGCUUCCUGAGCUCGAGUCCCAGCCGGUGGCGGAACCUCCCGCUGCUGUAUAUGAAAGAGGUCAGCAGCAACGUGUCGGUGUCGACGGUCGAGGAGCCUUUGCAGACACUAUGCCGCCUGCAUGCGAGGAUAGACCUUGCUUCCUCGAUACUCACCGGACAGCCACCCAUCACAUCUAUAACUUUUCACACCCCUGGCAAUAGAACAUCAUCAACGGCAGACACAUCGCCUACGGGCAUAUACAACUGGUCCCUGCAGCAUCUCACCUCCUGCCUACAUCUCAUCCACAACAGCACCCAGCUGCCAUCCAUACCCUCUCCUCAGAGCCCACCGGCAGGCUCCUUGUCGGCACACGCUGGCUUCUCCGCGCGGUGGUUUUCUCUCUGGACAAGCUGCCAGACAUGGUUUGCCAACAGACCGCUCACGAUGAGACCAAUCCUCGACAUCCGCAGCGUCGAAGCCGGCCAGAUCGAGCCCAACGACGGCUCAUCAUUCCCCAUUCAAGUAUACACUAAUGCGCUGGCCAUCCAUGCCAACGUCGCCUAUCACAUCACAUCACUGCUGCUGUUGGCUCACAAGCCUCGGCUGCUCAAGCUGCCCGGGGAACCGCAGCGGCAACGGCCAGCAGCGGCAUCUUCUUCGUCGCAGGGCUGGCACGCCCAGACGAUUGCCGGCAUCGCGGCGCGCAACGAAUUCGCGGAGCAGUGGGACCCCGUGACGGUCGGGGCGCUGCUCUACGUGGCGAGGGAGAUGACGCACCCGGCGCAGCAGGAGGCGCUGGAGUCGUGCUUUGCGAGGGUCACCGCGGCCACGGGCAUUGGGCUGGAGAAGGAGUUGCACGAGCUGCGCGAGGGGUGGAAAGUUGCGCGGUCUUAUGAGAGGGAUGGAUGA